AUAAAACGUAAAUUGGCACGUACCUUCGCGGUAUUUUGGUAGUGUGAGAAGUUAAUUCGGUCCGGCUCAGUCUGUUUACAGGCACGCCUCUGCUGAUGUAGCAGUUAGUAAACGUAGGCCCUACUGUGCCGACAGUAUACCAGGGAAGUGCAGCUUCAAUAAUAUAUCAGGGCUCGAAAUUAACUUUUUUACUUUGUAGCACUGGUGCUCCCAACUUCAAAAACUUACGAACAACCACCGAAAUGUAAGGAGCACCAACAAUAUAUGCAAUAGAUUUUUUAUUGAUAAAAAAACGACAAUAUAACAGUACGGUUUACAAGUAACAGUUAAACUGUCACGCAUAAAAUGUGUCGACUCUUCAAGUGUUAUGCAUUCAAACGACAAAGCGCUUCUCGUCACAUUAAUACCGCUAACGCUAAUAAAUUGAACAUAAACUUUUGUCUUCAGGUAACAUUAGUUAACGCGUAAGCUCUGUGUUGCGUGACAGUGGAGUGCAGCGAAAGGGGGUGAUUGAAGGCUAAUAUUAACCAAUUUAAAAUCAGCAUUAAAGGUAAGACUGUCAAGCUCGCGAUUGGUUAGAAGGGUCACCAUCAGCUCACAAGGCACAUACUGACUGUACUAACUAGCGAAUGUAGAGAAAGACGUUCGACUGGAAAAAAAAAGGUCGCACCAGAACAAUUAUUUGCACUCGCACAAAUGCUCCCAAUUAUAUUUCGAGGUCGCACAGAUUAGAUUUUGGGAGCAUAUGCGACCAAAAUGGUCGCAAUUUCGAGCCCUGUUUGAGACAUUGACAAAAUGUUACAUUCUUUCAUAUUUUAAUUCGAAUAGUUUAUCUAAGUGUGUCUGGUGUUUAUUUGUUUUAGAGAGGCACCAUAUGUUUCAGAUGCAGACCUAAUUUUACUUGGUGUUACAAUAAAUAAUUUUAAAUCGUCCCGCUGAGAUAAAGUAAUUUGUUUUGGUCAUGGAAAUUCAGUUAAAGGUUGUGGAGAAGUCAUGGAAAAGUCAUUGAAAAUCAUUGGUGAAAAAGUGUAUGAACCCUGCACACAGGCGGAAACGCAGUCAGAAACACAAACGGGUCAAAAACACGGGCAGGUACAUACUGUCGGAAACAAACACAAGGAACCAGCACCCGAGUCAAGGGGACAAAGAACUUAAAUAAACGGGUAACAAGACACAGGUGAACUCAAAGAACAAUCAAACCAAAAAAGGAGGGGAUAACAAGACACAGGUGGGAACAAUGAGACAAUCAGAAACAAUAAUAAAAUAAUUGAAAGCAAUAAUAAAAUUAACAGGGGAACGAGCAGGACACAAAACAGAAGUGCCGCCAUCUGGCGGCCCAACAAGGAAAGACAGAAAUGGAAACACAGAACCAUGACACCAAAUGAAAUGCCAUUUUAAUUACCUGUGACUAUAUGUGCUUUGGGUUUUGUAUUUGUACUUUUUUUCAACUGUGCAUAAGAAAACUAUUAAACAUGUUUGUACAAAAAAGCUGCUCUAAGACAUAGUAAUAAAUGUCUGAUCUAAACAGUGCUCACCCACCAAUCACAAAAUGAACACUAAAUAUAUAGUGCCUUCGAUGAUGUUUUGGACGAAGACAUAUUUUUUCGUAUUUGACUGUGUACUCCACAGUUUUAGAUUCGUAAUCAAACAAUUCACGUCCCCCACCCCACACGUGGCUCCACAGGUGUUUAUGAUUAGUCAGGUGUGUUCAGUUGCUUUGUUAGUGCAGGUAUAACAGGGCUUUCAGUAUCUAGUCUUGAUUCUAGGCUUUUGAUUGCCUUUGGGGUGUGUUAUUGGAGUUCAUCAACAUCUAAAAUUGUGGAUUACAAGGCUAAAUCAAGGACAAAAUGUCUUUGUGCCAAACAUUAUGGAGGACAUUACUGGUAGGGCUAGUAAAGCCAAGAAAGCAUUCAGCAUUUUUGGCAGGACUGGAAGAUCUGAUAACAAAUUGCAGGGACAUGCUGAUCACUGACCUGGAUUCAUCGAUGACCUACGUGGACCUGUGCGAUGAGGUCAGAGUCAUGUGCAGCCUGCCCCAGCAGCUGCCACUCACUCUCAAGUGGAUCGACGAUGAAGGCGAUCCGUGCACCAUUUCCUCACAGAUGGAGCUGGAGGAAGCUUUCCGCCUCUACAGCCGCCACCGGAAGUCGGGACUCCUCCUUCACGUUUUUCCCGGUAUUCCCGAGAGGCCUGGCAUGCCGUGCCCGGGAGAAGACAAAUCGAUCUACCGCCGCGGGGCCAGAAGAUGGAGGAAGCUGUACAGAGUGAACGGGCACCUUUUCCAGGCCAAGCGGUUUAACAGGAAAGCGUACUGUGGCCACUGCAGUGAAAGGAUAUGGGGGCUGGGGAGGCAGGGCUACAAGUGUAUCAACUGCAAGUUGCUUGUCCAUAAGCGUUGUCACAAACUUGUUCCUCUGACCUGCCAAAGGCAUAUGGAUCCAGUCAUGCCAUCACAGGAACCCCCAGUAGAUGAAAAAAAUGACGAAGUGGACCUCCCACCGGAAGAGACGGAUGGAAUGCCGUUCCCAGCCCACAAUCGCAAAGUGGACAAACCGGAGGACGACUCGGAGGACAUCAAGGCGGUGGUGGACGGGAUCGACGGGAUAAAGAUCUCGCAGGGACUGGGGCUGGGAGACUUCGACCUGAUCCGCGUCAUCGGCCGCGGCAGCUACGCCAAGGUGCUCCUGGUGCGGCUGAAGAAGAACGACCAGAUCUACGCCAUGAAGGUGGUGAAGAAAGAGCUGGUGCACGACGACGAGGACAUUGACUGGGUCCAGACGGAAAAGCACGUAUUCGAGCAAGCGUCCAACAACCCUUUCUUGGUCGGCCUUCACUCUUGUUUCCAAACCGAGAGUCGGCUCUUCCUCGUGAUCGAGUACGUGAACGGCGGAGACCUGAUGUUCCACAUGCAGAGGCAGCGGAAGCUUCCGGAGGAGCACGCGCGAUUUUAUGCAGCUGAAAUUUGUAUUGCUUUGAACUUCCUUCACGAGAAGGGCAUCAUCUACAGAGAUCUCAAACUGGACAAUGUCCUCCUGGACCACGAGGGACACAUCAAGCUGACGGACUACGGGAUGUGCAAGGAGGGUAUCAGACCUGGAGACACCACGAGCACUUUCUGCGGCACUCCGAACUACAUCGCCCCUGAGAUCCUACGCGGGGAGGACUAUGGGUUCAGUGUGGACUGGUGGGCCCUAGGGGUGCUAAUGUUUGAGAUGAUGGCAGGGCGAUCCCCCUUUGACAUCAUCACCGACAAUCCUGAUAUGAACACAGAGGAGUACCUUUUCCAAGUUAUUCUAGAGAAGCCCAUUCGCAUUCCAAGGUCCCUGUCGGUGAAGGCCGCCAGCGUACUGAAGGGCUUUCUGAACAAGGACCCGAAAGAGAGGCUGGGUUGCCAGGUCCAGACGGGGUUCACCGACAUCAAGUCUCACACGUUUUUCCGCAGCAUAGACUGGGACCAGCUGGAGAAGAAGCAGGUGACCCCGCCAUUCAAGCCCCAGAUGACGGACGACUACGGCCUGGACAACUUCGACACUCAGUUUACCAACGAACCAGUGCAGCUAACCCCCGACGACGAGGACGUCAUUAAAAGAAUAGACCAAUCGGAAUUCGAGGGAUUCGAAUACAUUAACCCCAUGCUGGUGUCCACUGAAGAGUCCGUAUGAGGGAGAGGCCGGGAUCCUUUUUACCCUGCGUUUUUGCAGAACCAUUUCGGGCCGAGUGAAUUCUCACUGACUUUGUGGAGAGGAAGAAAGGGGAAGAAGGUUGAAGGAAGAACAGGAAGAAAAAAAAGUAAAAACAAAAACAAACAAACAAACUCCUAAGCUGCUUGCAUGCAAGGUUGAGGAGCUGGUGCAAGACCUUUAUGACGGAUACCUAAUGUUAUUUUUUUUGGGGGGGGCACACUACGGAAGAGGUGUUAACAAAAUAUAAAUUUGACAACAACAACAACAAAAGCCCAAGAUCAGUGGGUGGUAGUCUUCCACUAACCACUCUCGCUUCUGUUUUUAACCCUUCAUGUGGGUGUCAGUGCUUCUGGCUUUAUACCUGAAGAAAACGUUCAUUCAUACUGUGCCUGCACCCUCAAAGGACUCACAUGUCUCUCAUCCCUGGGUAAAUAUGAUAGUUCUGCUCCAGAACUGGAAUUUAUGUGCACUUUUUUUUCUUUGAUUUUGUUUCACUUUUUUU